UUUCUGUUCAUGGACAGUGUAUAAGUCGAGCAGACGCUUUUGCGCGCGAAUAACUUUUUCAGUUCUUUAUGUUUUGGCACAUCUUUCGGUGAUUCUUGUUAGUUACCUCACGCCAAAGCGAGCAACAAGUACAAUUAAUAUAGUUAAUACAACAUUAUUCAACAAGUCACCGAUUUUAUCGAAUUACAUCAAAAUGAGCAGCCAAAAGACAGUGCCGAACGGUAUCAAGUUCCUCAUCGGUGGCACCUCUGGGUUUUACAAGAGUUGUCUCUCACGGAUUACUUAGCUGAAGAUUAUUUAUAGCUGAUAUUAUUACUAAUAACAAAAAAAAAUGAAAUUGGAUGUGGCUUUUUCUGAGUGACGCAAUAUGUAUAUAUAUGUAUAUACAUUCAUAGAUACAUCUUAAUAACACACUAUAAAUAGCCACAACUCUACCCUGGACAAAUGCAUGGCAGCAACAUGUUUUGUACAACCUUUGGACUUGAUAAAGAAUCGCAUGCAGUUAAGUGGCACAAAAACUUCAACAUUAAGUGUAACAUCCUCCAUUUUAAAGAAUGAAGGUAUUUUAGCACUAUAUUCGGGCUUGUCCGCUGGUUUAAUGAGACAAGCCACAUAUACUACUACUAGACUUGGUAUAUAUACUUGGCUUAUAGAACUUACUUCAAAAGAUGCUCAACCAAGUUUUAUUGUAAAAGCACUGCUUGGCAUGACAGCUGGAUGUGUUGGGGCAUUUGUAGGUACACCCGCCGAAGUAGCUUUAAUUAGAAUGACUGCAGAUGGAAGACUGCCUAUUGCUGAUAGACGCAAUUACAAAAAUGUGUUCGAUGCAUUAUUUCGUAUAAUUAAAGAGGAAGGUCUAUUUACGUUAUGGCGCGGUGCCAUUCCUACUAUGGGACGUGCCAUGGUUGUAAACGCAGCACAGCUGGCGUCAUAUUCUCAAGCGAAACAAGCGUUGUUAGACACAGGAUAUUUUGAGGAAAACAUUGUUUUGCAUUUUGCAAGCUCUAUGAUUUCUGGUUUGGUUACCACGGCUGCAUCUAUGCCUGUUGAUAUCGCGAAAACGAGGAUACAAAACAUGAAAACUAUAAAUGGCAAACCUGAAUUUACUGGAGCUUUCGACGUACUCGGUAAAGUUAUAAAAAAUGAAGGGUUAUUUGCACUGUGGAAAGGAUUCUUCCCGUAUUACGCACGUCUGGGACCUCAUACUGUUCUGACAUUUAUUUUCUUGGAACAGAUGACUUCUUCUUAUAAACUAUAUUUAGCGUAGUUACAAUGUAUUUGCAAAAAAUUACUAUUAACUCCAUAGAUUCCAGUGGUAUUUUAAGUUUUGCUAUUACUGCUAUUUGGUAUCUAAAACCUCACAUUUAUGUGAUAUACAUUAUCAAAGAAGCAUUAUUUUUAUAAAGAAUUCAUUUUUGUAGAACGUGUGAUUCUUUUAUUAACUUUGUAUCAUUAUAUGUUACAAAGUAGAUAGUAGAAAAUAAUGUUUACCGACAACGAUCACGCGCACAAUUGCAAUAUAUAAUUGUUUGCAUAUAUAGAAUUUGCCAUACGAUCACUUCUAUAUAUGUAGUUAACGUAGUGAUUGAUCAAUUGAUCAAAUCAAUUACACUUUUAAUUUUCAGAAUAUUUGUAACGUCCAUUAUUAUUAAUUAAAGGACAACAUAAAAAUAGAUUUAUAUAUAUAAAAAUCUUGUUUUUAUAGCAUUUUAAAUAUCCGCCCAUUUAGUAUAAUAUGUUAAGAUAUUUUACAAUUAUUUUAUAUAGAAGAUGUUCUGUAUUGAAUAUUAACAAAUGGAGCUCGUCUGGUACGACUCUAAUUUUGUAUUUAGGCAUGUCAUGUAUCUCAAUCAUUUAUCUAUUGUUAUUCUUCAUGUUAUUUUGUUUAAAGUUUGUUUUUAUAAAUAUACAUGUCGCAUCUAUUA